UGGGUCCUUGUAGAUACAUAUACUUUGAUGUGUGAGUGAUAAUCUCAAUAUUGCCUAGCAACGUAUUACUGAUCUACAUAAUUGGGUGAUUACCAUGUGUGUAUCUAUUACAGUGCGCCUGCAUAUAAAUAUCUACUCAGGGGAUUUAUGCAGAAGUUCAUUAUGUAGCUGUGUGUAACGUAUAUCAUGAUACUCGACAGGUCAAAAAGUUAAAGAUACUUCAUAUGGGAGUCAUUUGAAGCAAUAAAGAGCAACUACAGUUUUAUAUGCAACAAAUGGCUUGACACAAAUUAUUAUCCUUUUUAAUUUUUUUUCUCUAAAUAAGCCACUCUUUUAUAUUUCUUUUUCAUGAACUGUCAAUCUUGCUCAGGCUGCUUCACAGGCUCAAGCUGUUCAACAAAAGAGACCGCAACACAGGAUAAGACGAAGUUUGAAGACUUGUUGGAAAAGGCUAAUUCUGAGCCAGAAGAGUAUCAAAAAGAACAUAGCCAUGUAAUUCCAACUGUUAUUGUUCAACUCUCAAAGAAUGUAUAUGCAUCGCAGACGGUUCUCUUCAAGGCAUAUGAUCUAUUGGAACGUCCACAGUUUAUACAGCUUUCCAAACAUUUAUAUGACUCCAAGUUAACAGGAGAACACAUUGCUUGGGCUGAUGAAUAUGUUAAGGGAGACAUAAAGCAACUUUUGGAUAUUCUGCAACAAAGAGAGGAAAGGAACAAACUUUUACAAUAUUGCGACGAACAAGCAGAGAUCUACGAGCUAUUUACCAACUUACCAUCAGGUACAGUCAGACGUAUUGGUAAAACCGGCUAGAUACGUUUUACAUUUGGAUUAUACCCCCUUAUUUAUACAGAGCAAAAAAAAAAAAAAAAAAA